AAUAAAUUUUGUAUUAGAAUCUAAUAGUGUAUAGCUUUUGGAUAAUAAUUUGUGAUCAUUCAAAACAAAACUAGCAUUUACCAGAAAUCGCCAAACGAAACAUUUUAGGAAAACACAACCAUCAAUCAACCAAACCAAUUUAAUUUUUGAUGUAUUCGACUAAUUUUACAAAAUGAGUAUCACUAAGAAACUGACCUACGACAAAAACCGUCUAUUCUCGGUGGACGCAAAUCUGUAGUCUCUGAAUUUUGACAGCCCAAGUGGAGAGAGAUUCCUGCCGAAAAAUGUAUAAAUUUACGAACCAUUUAUCUAAUGCUAAAUUAGUAUUGGUACGACGGCAUGUGGGUGAUAGUUCCUGUGCUGCCCUAAUAGUAUUGCGGUCUCCACACCGGCGAUAUGCGACACAGGAGAAAUGCGAUGCAGUCCCAAAGCGGCCCAAGUCCACAAAGCUGUUCUGGGGAGCUAUAGGCGCCACCGUACUUACUGGAGCAUCCAUUGCUUACGCUAAGCACAGUCCAGAUGCUCGCAACUGGCUAGAGUCGAACAUCCCUUGGGCUAACGACGUCGUGGCUCUAGUGUACCAGGAGAACACCACGUAUUGGAAGGCAAUCGGCAACCAGUUCAACAGGACCACCACUUAUCUCAGCCAUUUCAUGUUCGGAAAGGAAGGUAUGACCCCACCAGAAGUGUAUCCGAGAUCCGAACAGGACAUUGAAAAGGAUGCUGCGAUCAAAUUCGCUAGCAAAACAUAUGUGUUGCCACCGCCGGUAAUCGAACCCUUGUACGUCGAGGAAAAGGUUGUGGGUACACCGCAAAUUGAAAGUAAAGCGACUUUGGUCCAAACUGACAAAUGUGAGCCUCAAACGGCCCAAGUAGUGAAGAUUACCAAGGAUAUGGUGGAACUUGAGCAAGACAUGCACGAGAACACGAAGAUCGCCAUAGACAACUAUAAAAUGGCGACACAGUACUGUGCUGACUACAAUAAGGCUUUGUUCAAGGUCAUCGAAGCAUCCUUGGAUGAUAUGGAUAAGAAAUACUUCAGUGGACUGCAAGGUCUACAACAACAGAUGCACAAUGCACAGACUAAGGCGAAAGCAGCCUCUGCUAAAGCCAAAUGUGCUAUUGAAAACUUGGACCGUAUGAUCAAGAGUGGCAUGCAGGCGCCUCCAGAAAGCCAGGCUACCACCAAGCGUUACAUCAAGCAGUUCCGCGAGGACCUGAUAGCGGCUGAGAAGAAUUUCAGCGCCGAACAGGAGAAAUCUGUUAUUAGCGAUAGUUAUUGGAAUAAGGUGGAAGCAGCUCGUACCAUGUUCAAGGACGAGCUACAGGCACUAUUCCCCGGCAUCGACAUCGGAGCACGCAAGCUGAAUAUACGCGGCGACACCGACCUACUACUUGUAUACACUCUGAAGAGGAUACAAUACCUGCAGAAUCAAUUAGCAGAGUUGCAGACGAUUCGCGACCUUAAAAUCAACAGGGCUAUCGAAUGUCACGACGAGAAAGCAAUAAUUGAAGCUAAGGCCGAAGACAUCGUUAGGACAGAGAGGAUGGCAAGAGAAACUGAAUUCAUGAAAAAGACCAUGUUGAUACAAGCGGAAGCCAACAGGCAGACUAAGGAAGCUCUCAAGAAACAGCUGGAGCUCCAACAAGAAAUCAUGCAUGACAGAAUCGCUAAGAAAGAGAAGGAGAUGAUGGCCAACUUCAACCGCGCGGUGUCUGAGCAAGUGGAGGCCGAGCGAGUUGAGUUCAAGAAGGAAUUGGCCGCCAUGGCCGGCAAGCUUAAAGCUAUUGAACAGACGCUAAAACAGCGGUCGGCGGCGGAGGCGGAGGCCCGGCGGUCGCAGUCGCUGUGGGCCGCGGCCGAGGCGCUGCUGGCCGCCACGCGCAAGCCCGCCGCGCAGGCCAAGAUCGACAACGAACUCUCCGCACUCGCCAAAGCUGGCAAGGACGAUAAGCUAGUGGAAACAGUACUUAAGGGCAUUCCUGCCGAUAUUCGCGAAAAGGGAAUCGCCACUGAGAAGUCGUUGCGGGACAGGUUUGAAACGCUGGAGAAGACAGCAACGAAAGUGGCGCUUGUUGGACGUGAGGGAGCCAGUCUACCAGUCUACUUCCUAUCCUGGGUGCAAUCACUGCUGGUCUUCAAGAAAUUCGCUGACAUCCCCGAAGAAGAGUUGGAGAACCAGCUUACAGACUUCACUAAACUAGACACCUUCGAUAUUAUAAAUCGGGCAAGAUACCACAUGGACCACGGCAACCUGCCCGCGGCGCUCCGCUACGUGAACCUGCUGCAGGGCGCGCCGCGCGCCGCCGCCAAGCCGUGGCUCGACGCCGCGCGCAGGCAUCUCGAGAUACGACAGGCUGCAGAAGCUGUUAUGGCACACGCGUCCGUCUCUGGCCUACUCUACCUAUAAAUAUUAUAUAAUGCACGUGAAUUUUGUUCCAUAACUGUCGGGAUAACUAACUAAAACAUACUUUAAAGUCUUCAUAAUAAGUGCCCUCUGCUGAACAAAGGUCUUUUCUCAGUCCGAGAAGGAAUGACCAUUAAUCACGUUGGCGAAUUGAGUAGCAUUCAUAGCAAAAGCUGAACUAAACUAAACAUUUAUGGAAAUGCAAACGUGCAUACAUAAUUACAAUCCAAUUGGUUGCAGAUAUCUGCUCAAAACAUACAUAAAUACAGUGCAAGCUUCUUACCUAAGCAGUCUUUAGGAAAUUAAACUCUAUACCGAUGAGAAUAAGUAUUACUAUUGUUUCUACUCGUUUUAAAAGACGAUAAUGUUGCUUUGGUUAGUUAAGAUCACUCCCGACAGAUACAUAGUUGAAGGAAAUGGAUGAACAAUAUUCACAUGCGAGAGGUGUUGAAAGCUAACGACUGUGGGCGUUUUAAACAUCUUAGACACAUGUCUAUCUUCAUAACACAGGCUUAAUUAGUACUAAAGAUUACAAAAGUACUAGAAAUUUAUACUUUAUCAUAGUGAUUUUAGAGUGCACUAUGGAAUGUAAUUUACUAUCAGCUUACCAUGUAGAUUUAUAGGCAGUAAAGUCGGUAUCGUAACGCCUGGCGCAGUUUUCGAUCAAGUAACGUUGGUAAUUCGUUUCAGAUAUUCCCCUAUUUUGACCGUUUUUUUUAAAUACAUGAACUUUGCCUUGAGAAAAUAGGUAAUUUUUUACAUUUUUCUUUAUUCAUCAGUUAAUUGUAGAUCAUUUGUACCUGUUUUGAAUGAAAGUAGGUAAAAAGUGUAAAAUUCGAAUGAAAAUAUUUCAACUUUGCAAUGUAAAGGUUCUUCAAAACAGUGAAAUUUGUAUUCUUUUUUUUUUCUCUGCACAAAUGUGUCUGCAUUUAUUUGAAAAAAUAUCAAAAUAUAGCGUUUCCGUAAAUUAUGGUGCCAGUGAUGAAACGUGUGGAGGUUUCCUUUAAUUUUAGUAAUUUAUGUAAAUAUAAAAAUAUUGUAUGUAAUAAAUUAAAAGAUGAUUUUUAUGUCA